GUUUCCAUUUCCCGGACGUCCUCGACAUUCACUGAUCAUCGAUUACUGGAUCCCCAGUUUCGAAAUAUUAACACUUUAACUCGAACGUUUACUUUGUACAGGAAACAAAGUGAGUUUCGCUGCAGGCAUAGGUUAGGUCUAUACUCGACUCCAUCUGAAGAGGAUCCAGGUUGAGUGGAAUUGAGUAGGCUAGGGGGCGGCCGGUAAUUAAAGGACAACCUCGUUGUACUUCGCCACACUGGUGGCGUGGUAUUAUUCCUGAACCUCAGAUCCAUGCGUUGGUACCAACACCGUCUCAUCACCCCAAAGGGCAAACCAUAGGAACCUUUUUUGUCUUUACCAAGUUCCAUCCACUGGGUAUCGGUUUGCACAAUUUUGGCGCCACCAGUUCUUUUGCCUGCAAAGGUCACAUCUCCACCAGUUGAGGGUCUAGAUCCCUUUUGAAUCAUAUGUCGAAGAGCGUGGUCAUCAUUGGUCAAACUGGGGUGGGGAAAAGCUCUCUCAUUAACAUGCUUUGUCCCGGGGCUGAAGCUCGUACCUCGAACGACACAAUUGGUUGCACAGAAGUAGAGAAGAAGUACCCAUGUGACCUUGGGACCGAAUGUCCUUGUCAAGUACACGACACAAUUGGUCUUGAAGAAGGGUCUUGGGGCUUCCUUUGGGCUCCAAAGGCCGAAAAGCGGCUCAAAACUUACUUGAAGAAGAUCAAGGGCCCGUGCCUUCUGGUAUACUGCAUUCCGGGAAGGCGAGGCUCUCUGAAGAAGUCGCAUGGGCGCAACUAUAAGAAGUUCAAGUCGGUGCUAGGCAAAAAUGUGCCGGUCGUAGUGGUUGUCACCAGUUUGGAGAAUUUUGAAGCUCCUUUGAAGAGUUGGUGGGCGAACAAUCUGGAUAUACUCAAAACUCUUGGUAUUCCGGAGUAUACUGGACAUGCAUGCAUUACCACGCUAACCAAGACUGACCUAAAGAUCCUUGGCAAGGAAGAAAAACUGUACGAUAAAUCCUGUGACGAUGUCAAAGCUCUCAUCACAAGUUUUCUUUCCCAAAUAUAACGAUAGAUUCAUAUAUAACGAUGGUGGAGUCUGCGAGUUUAUCUCAUCUUUAUAUUGAUUUUCAUCAGACAUUUCACUUACUAGCUAGAGCAUCGAUUCUCCGGAAGUCAAAUAUUUGUAUGAGUCCUGCAGCUGGUGUUUUUCCAUAGCUGGAUAUGAUGAGGGCUUGACAAUGCUCGAGAGCGGGAUGGAUGUCCGCUCAGCUUAGUGAUAGCCGAGGGUACCCGACUCA